AUUGUUGAUGUCCUGUCCAACCUGGGACCAUCAACUCUCCUCACCCUGCGAGGACAGAAUACUGAUAGCGGAAGUAUCUGCCGUGAAGCCUCCUUUGAAGGAAUUAGUCGCUUCCAAGUGAACAACAGUCUUUUACACCCAGUCAUCGUGGAAUGCCGUCUGAUUAAGACCGAUAUGGAGCUGGAGGUCCUGCGCUACACCAACAGGAUCUCCAGUGAAGCCCAUAAAAUGGUCAUGAAGCAUGUGAAGCCUGGACAGCAAGAAUAUGAAAUGGAGAGCUUGUUCCAGCACGACUGCUACAAUAAAGGAGGGAUGCGUCACACCUCGUAUACCUGUAUCUGUGGAACGGGCAAUAACUCCUCUGUUCUCCACUACGGCCAUGCUGGGGCUCCAAAUGAUAAGACAAUUAUAGAUGGAGACAUGUGUCUGUUCGACAUGGGUGGAGAGUACUACUGCUACUCCUCAGACAUCACCUGCUCCUUCCCAGCCAAUGGCAAGUUCACUCCAGACCAGAGGGCCAUCUACGAGGCCGUCCUCAAAUCCUCCCGAGCUGUUUUGGCGGCCAUCAAACCAGGUGUGAAGUGGACUGACAUGCACCGCCUGGCUGACCGGGUUCACCUGGAGGAGCUGGUAAAGAUCGGCAUCCUGAUUGGCUGCGUGGAGGACAUGUUGAAGGUCCACCUGGGCUCUGUCUUCAUGCCCCAUGGCCUGGGACACCUGCUGGGCAUUGACGUGCACGAUGUGGGAGGAUACCCUGAGGGGGUGGAGCGUAUUGACGAGCCUGGACUGAGGAGUCUGCGGAUGGGCCGCCUGGUGCAGGAGAGGAUGGUCCUCACCGUGGAGCCUGGCAUAUAUUUCAUCAACCACCUGCUGGACCAGGCCCUGGCCAACCCUGCCCAGAGCUGCUUCAUCAAUAACCAAGUGCUGGCUCGCUUCCGCGGCUUUGGAGGGGUCGGUCUACCAGCAAAGUUUUAUUUGGUUGAGGGGGAAUAGAAAUG